GAGUGUUAUUAUACCCUUGGCAUCCCAGCCGCUCAUCUGAGGCCAGACCCUCAAUUUAGCGGUGCAGUGCAAACCUUGCUGGGUUUGGCAGCAGCACAGGGUGCUAUGUUUGUGCACCAAAUCUGCCAGCGUUGAAGUUUUGGAGGGUUUUUGGUGCAUGCUGGAGGGCUGGCGUCACUCUGGGUAGGGCGGUGACUGGCUUGGGGGGGGCAAAGCCAGACCUUAUAUCCCAGCACAGCAGCUGCAGGAGGAAAUCUGUGCCCGCUGACUCCGUGGGUAGCUCUCGGUGCUGGGGCAGGAGACAGCAGCCAUGAGGACAGUCCUGGUGUUUGUCUGCCUGGUGGGGAUGGCGUGUGCCUUCUCGGUCAAGAGCUGGCUGUGGCGACCCAAGUUGGAUGACUCGGAAAAGAACGCGGUUUUCAAGAGCCGGCGCCACCAUUACCUGUACAGAUAUGUGUAUCCCCCGCAGCGACGGUACCAGGGCAGUGACUCAUCUGAGGAAGAGGGGGAUGACUCGGAGGAGGAGGAAGAUGGGGAGCCAUUUUAUGCUGGCACCAAGGCAGCUGGACACCCUGCUGGAGCAGCCCCUGAAGAGUGCCAGGGUGCACUGGGAGGAGACGUCACAUACCAGCAGGGCAAGGGCUGUCAAGGGACCCUGAAAGGGAUCAGGCAGAGGACUGCCAGCAAGGGGGAAGACUCUGAAAAUGAAGACAGUGAUGAGAAUGAGGAAGAAGAGGAGGAAGAAGAGGAAGAAGUAGAUGAGAAUGAGAAUGGUGUCAAUGGCACAAGCACAAAUACCACAGAGGGUAUUGGACCUAAUGGCAAUGGCACUGUGGUGGCUGAGGAGGGCACUGGUGAAGCUGAGGAAGAGGAGGAAGAGGAGGAAGAAGAAGAAGAGGAAGAGGAGGAGGAGGAGGAGAAGGAGGAAACUGAAGCCACCACCAUUGCAAGCUCCACCAACAAAGAGGGUCUGACCCAGGCAACCACUAUGGAUGACGGGGGACCCACAGAUGUCACCACAGAUGCCACCACAGCUGGGGAGCUGUGGGAGUACGAUGUAACAGCCAGGGACAACAACCGAUGGGAUGCGGGCACCACCGAGGGUGGGUACGAGGAACAGGAUGAAUAUGCACGUGGGGACAGCUACCGGGCCUACGAGGAUGAGUACGGCUACUACAAAGGGCAUGGAUAUGAUGUGUAUGGCCAGGAUUACUACUACAGCCAGUAAACAGGGGGGAAAACCCUGGUGCUCUCCCUGCCUGCCCCAGCUACUCAGGAAGGUGCAUCCAAAGGCUCCCUGGAGCCACUGCAUGCCAGAGGGGAUGCCAGGCAGCUUGCCAUAUGCACUGGCUCCAUCCCAGGGUUUUUUGUUUUUUUGGGGUUUUUUUGUUUGUUUUGUUUUUUGGGUCUUUUUUGGUAUCUUGCAAAGUGAAAUGAAAUUAAAUAAAGCAACUAAAGUGAGCUUGUUGGUGACAAAAGGUUUGGUGCCAAAUUUUCUGGGGUCAGUAGGGCAGCACAGCGCCUGGUGAGGGGCUGAGUGGCUACGGUUGCCCAUGAUGCUUAGGGCUGAAUCUUGUUAUUCCAGCUCAGAUGCACAUGAAAGGAGGGAGGAACAGCAAGGUUAACUUGGAAAGCCUCUGUAGAGUCCCCUCUGAAAAAUUAAAGGGUGCUCUUAGGGACACUGCUGUGGGAUUGCAGCCACAUUUUAUGUAAAGUUCAUGUGAAUUUCCAGUAUGUGAGCAGUGAUAAUUUACCACAUCUUCCAUUCCUUGGUAAUGUGCCUGACCACACACCAGGCAAUGUUAAUAAGGGUAAAACCACUAAUUUCUCUUUCUAUGCAUCACUAGCUGUAGGUGCACACCCCUGUAAUAAGGGCUUUGCUUCUUCAUCCCCUUCAUCCCUGCACCAGGCAUGUGGGUACAAGGCUGGGUAACUUGAAUGUGUGUCUUCAACACCAGUACUGCAGCCCAAAAUGUUCUUGUCCCACAGCCUCAUUCUCAGAGCAAGGUAUGGCUGUCACAGUGACAGUGGUGCAUCCACUCCUCUCCUCCAUUAGCAAUGGGGAUGCCUGGCUGGGAGUCCUCAGGAUCCCUGCUCAAGGUCACUUCCCAACAGAAUUGUGUCCCUGGCCAACUGGUUAUCUGCAUUAUGGUUAGGGGUAGAACAAAUCUCACUUGGUUCCAGGCAGAUGACACCAUAUGGGAAUAGUGAUGACCUUCAUGCACAGUACCCUGCUGUGGGUAUGUAUGGCAGGUACCCUACUGCUCUUGCACUCCUAGGAAGGAAACCUGAGUUCAGCUCCUGAUGCAGGUCCAACUGCAGAACUAGUCUAUUCCUGCAGCAGCAAGUCACUGCCAUUGUACAAAACUGAUCCAUACGUCAAAGCCAGGCUGCAGCUUCUGGGGAGGCAGGAGAUGUGUCCUGCACUGUGGGCACCCCCAGCAACAAAUCCCUAUGACGGCACUGGGGAGCCCUGCACGGACUCAUUGCUGGUGUGGAGACACGAGAGUUCCAUCAUCCGCAUCCCCAGGGGGUCUCCAGAGA